AUGACAGACGACUCCUACACCAACCCCCCCAAGACCAAAACCGCCAUCGAGCUCUGGAGUCUCUACUCCUACAACCUCCACAAGGCAACAUACCACGGUCUAAACAACCUCAAAGGCCGCGAGAACAAACGCAACUUCAUCAUCGGCCGCGGAAGCCAGACCGGCAUGCACCGCUACGCAGGCCUCUGGACCGGCGACAACGGUAGCUCGUGGGACUUUUUCAGAAUCUCUGUUGCGCAGGUCCUUGCGCUGGGGUACAGUGGUUUGAGUAUCGCGGGCGUGGAUAUGGGUGGUUUUACGGCUGAUCCAGCGAAUACACUGCCGAAUCCGCGGUGGUGUGAUCCUGAGUUGUUGAUUAGGUGGUAUGCGGGGGCGUUUGCGCUGCCGUGGUAUCGGAAUCAUUAUUUGCAGCAUCCUGAGGCUAGUUCUGGGGGUUGUAAGGCUUUUCAGGAACCAUGGGCUUAUGGCGAUAUUCUCAAUAAUUUCCCCGGCCCUCUCCCGCCUGACCAGGCUGCGUUGUAUCGCUCCGUUGUACCUGUUUUCUUGUAUGACUACAUGUUUGCCAACCUGAUCAAUGGUUUGCCAGUCGCUCGUGCAAUGCUCGUUACCGACCCCUUUGAUACAAGUUUGUUCAACUCCAACCAAGGAUUCAUUGACAACCAGUACCUUCUCGGCCAUAACAUACUCGUCUGUCCCCAGGUCGAGGAAAAGGCAAGACGUCGCGAUGUCUAUCUUCCAAACUCGGACAAGUGGUAUCCCUCCAACCUUCGAGUCAACAACCAAGGCUUUGGACCGGAUCCAAUUCUCAAACAUGCUGCUGUGCUACAGAAGCCAGCUCCUGGUGGCAAGAUCGUGGACUAUGACUGCCAUAUUCCUGAUGCUGUCGCGGAUCCGGAGCAGGUCGCUUAUGUUACUCCUGUGUAUAUCCGAGGGGGUGCUAUCAUUCCUCAGCUUGAAGUUCGUCAGUAUGUCAAGGAGGGCGAUCUGAACCCGCCUACCAUUCAUGUAUACCCAGGUGGUAAGGUUACUGAGCCUACCUCAUACUCGAUGUAUCUGGAUGACGGUGUCAGCCGAGACAGUGCACCCAUCGAGUUGCCUCAGCACAAGUACAAAGAUGCAGCAACGUACACCAAAGCAAAGGGUAAAUACCGCGAAGUCAAGAUCACUCAGGAAAACACCAAGACAAACCGUAAAAUCACCAUUCGGCACCAAUGGGACGGCUACGACGCCAAAACAACCGUCGGCGACACCUACAAUUUCGCCAUCUGGACCGUGCAAGCCACUGCACCGCCUGAGUCACAGAUCAGCGUUGACUUUGAGGAUGAGAGUGGCAUGACGGUUAUUGACUCUGGAUUGACCUCGACUUAUAUCGCAGGUCGUGGUGUUUUGACGGUUAGGGUACCGGUGCAUCUUGUGCCGUCGCUCAAGACACCUCAGAAUUAUACACAGGGGUCUUUUGCGGAUCGAUAUUUGGCUAUUAAUGUCAGUGGAUUGCCUUGA